GCUUUAAUGAACCCUCGGUUUUGCAUGUUGCAAGUGUUUCAGUUUGUAAUUCGUCGGCAGCAGCAUGUUAGCGGCGCGGCGCGUACGCAAGUGCAGCUGAAACCUGCGGCGGCGGCUGCAGAGCGCGCAGUUACAUAACGCGGGGCAAGCAGAGCAGUCGCUCCAGUACUCAGCCGCGUUACACCGGUGUCAUGUGUUGACCGAAAUAUUAAAAUUAAUACAUCUCAAGUACAAAUUAAUAAUUUAUUUAAUCUGGUGCAGUUUCUAUCGAAGUAUGAAUUUUGGUGUGUGCUGGGUGGUGCUGGCGUGCGCGGUGGCGGCGCGGGCCGCGGACAAGCCGUGGCGCUGGCCGGAGGGCGCCGCCUCCGUGCGCAUCGACACCAAGGUGCGCUUCCUCGACAGCGACAGCGAGGAGACCUUCAAACACCUAGAGAAGGACGGACGUCGCGCCGCGCCUCAAGCUGACGACGUGCCGUUCCGGCAGCCGGUGGAGACGGAGGGCUUCUACAACCGGCCACCCGGCGCCGGCCAGUACCCCGUGCGGGUCGAGUCGCACCGCCAGCCCUACCAGGUCGACGGCAACGGGAUAUACCCCGUCGGGACUGAUGAAAAACAGCGGCGCUUCUCAGACGGAACCCUCGACUCAUUACAGUUCUGUAAAUGUGUCGCAAACCCGGACUGCAACCCGCGACCCGAGUCGGCGCGUUCAUGCGGCGCUGGCAAGUACCUCUGCUGCUAUAAACGACCCAACCCAGUGACUCAAAAGAACACAGAGUUCUUUAAUGAAGUAGAAGACGAGCGUCCCAUGCUGUUGCCAGGCCAAGAGAACCUGGCGCGGCCCUUCCCGCCGCCGCCCGGCUCCGAACUCAACGGCUUCUUCGGACCAUUUGGGCCCGGACACGGACAUGAGUCAUCACUAAUAGGAGUGUUCGACAAACCACAGGGCGUGCUAGUAGGCCCGGGAGGGCCCACUGGUUCUGUUGGACCGCAGCAUAAACCUAACCGACCAAAUGUAGUACAGAUUAAGCCUAGCGUUCCCAACUUGCUGGUCAGCCCCUCGGGACCCACUGGCAUCAUCGGACCCACACCUGGACCACACCAUGAAGAUGACGGAAGACGCAGUGAAUCAGCACAAAGAGGAGUUCUAGUCGGACCUGGAGGCCCGACAGGUGUUAUCGGUCCUUAUGGCCGGCGAGGUGUACUGGUUGGACCCGGCGGACCCACAGGGAUUAUCGGCCCAGGCAGAGGAGGGCGACCCGGAGUGCUGGUAGGACCGGGUGGGCCCACUGGCAUCAUCGGACCCGGAUACGGUAGGCAACAACACCCUGGCGUGCUCACUGGUCCGGGAGGCCCCACGGGCUACAUCGGACCGGGACGGCAGAUCCUGGUCGGCCCCGGAGGGCCCACCGGACACAUCGGGCCGCAGGGGUACUUUAACAAUUAACCGUGUCGUGUUCGUGUGCUCACUAAUGCAGCUAAUGUUACAUGUCCUUGUUGUUUACGUUUAAGACUGUGAAGUGCAGUGUAGCUAGUGUAUAUUAAUGUAAAUAUUUUGGUUAAUUCGUACAUACUAUGCGUCCAUGUCGUGCUAACGCGUUAAUCCGUCCAGCUUUGCGUGUCCUGGCUGUGGUCCGUGUGUGUGGAUCUCUGGUCCCGUGUCACCGGUGUGGACUCUUACAGGCUGCGCGCGCUGCAAGCGGAGGAAAAGCGGCCGAAUGCUGCCAAGCAAAGUGCUCUCGCAUAUACAGAGGCGGGACGACC